GUCAAAGAGAGUAACUGUUCAGUACUUGUGAAACAGAUGCUCGCAUGAUCAGCCACAAUAUGGUUUCGCUUUUAUAUGUCAAGGUCUAAGAAGGGCAUUAAUCAAUCCAUAUCUUGGACCUCAGGAGAAACUUUGUGCAGGGAUUACAGACAAAAGUUACCAGAUAUGGAAAAAUAAAAUAUAUUAUAAUUCAAAAUAGUACUCUAUUUGAUUCAAAUUAUAAAGUACAGUGAGUUUAGUUUGAGAUUUUUCUGCGACUGACAAAGAAAGGGAACAAAAAAUGCAUUUAAAACAGUUAACCAUAUUUGCUCUGUGCAUUUGCAUUUCUGAACUUAAGACAAUCAAUGAAGAAAAAGUGAGACUCGGUGAGCAUACUGCAGGAGAUGACCACAGUGGAAUUAUUGACAAACUGAAACCAACCAAACAUGACGCAGAUGAUAAAAUCCAUCUGAGCAACCAACCACAACCAGAUAUAAUUCCAGACAAUCUUCUUCAUGAUGAACUAAUAAAAAAUCCUAAAACAGAAACUCAGAAAAUAGCAAAGAGAGAUGAACAACUCCAGGAAAAAAUAUCUGAGUUGGAAAUGCAAUCAGAAGCUCAAGCCCAAUCAGACAUGCCUAAAAACAAAAAUGUUGUCUAUGAUGGAUAUUAUGUUCGAGAUGACUUCCGUAGUGAGACCAUGCAACAACCUGUAAGGCCAAGUGACUUGGAAUAUGAACAUGAUCAUCAAGCAGUGCACCAGUAUAAGUCAAUGUGUCACCAUGAUGGUACCUGUACAUACAUAUUCACAUUAACUAUUCCCCGUGAGGGAGGCAAUGUCCCAGGGGGCAACCAGUUGCCCAUAGACCAAGUGCGUUCCAUAGACAAUAUUUUCAAUCAUUAUGUCGCUGAUUCACCCCAACUAGCAGACUUUAAAAACCAAUUAGUUAAACUGAAUGAGAGCCUUAGAGGAAUGACAAAGACGGCACAUAAAGACACAGAAAUGAUGGGCGAAGUUAAAUGGCUCAAAGACCAUGUGUCUGAAACAAGUUACAUGUGUGAAAAAAUUGAUUCUAAAAUGAAGAAAUUACGAAAAGAUUUUGGAGGACUAAAAGAUCAAGUUCAUAAUUUAGGACAGAAUGUGGGACAGAACUCAGGAACAGCUGAAAUUGAUGAAUAUAAACUUGACAGAUGUGAACGAGAUAUAAAAUCAUUGGAAAAGAAAGUAAAAUCAUUAGAACUGAAAAUUACAGGAAAAAUACGAAACAACAAAAAGAAUGAUGUUUUAGUGAUGCGUCCAAAAGAGCGAGAACCAAAACCAAAGCUAAAUCCAUCAGGAGUCGGUGUUGAUUGUGCAAGUAUGCGUCUCUCAGGUCUCAAUGAAAGUGGGGUAUAUAUGAUCCAGCCAGAUUUCAUAGAUAAUUCAACAGCCUUCUUUGCCUAUUGUGACAUGGAGACAGAUGGUGGUGGAUGGACUGUCAUUCAAAGACGUACAGAUGGAGGGGAAAACUUUGACAGAGACUGGAGAGAUUAUAAGAAUGGUUUUGGUGAUGUAGAGGGAGAGCACUGGCUAGGAUUAGAGAAAAUGUAUUUGCUCAAUGCUUAUGGUAAUAAUGGGAUCCGCUUUGAUCUCUGGGACUUCAGUGAUCUUUAUGCCUAUGCCCAGUAUGACAGAUUUCGCCUUUCUGAUGAGACUGACUCCUACAGAUUGAUGGUUGGGAAAUACAAUGGGACAGCUGGGGAUGCUUUCCACUAUGGCAACUAUUUCCUACGUCAUCACAAGAUGAGAUUCAGCACAAGGGAUCGAGAUCAUGAUCUACAUGCUGGCAAUUGUGCUGCUGCAUAUGAAGGUGGUUGGUGGUAUCAUAGCUGCAUGUCAGCUAACCUGAAUGGUAUCUUCUACCAGGGUGGAGAAUAUGAGAGUAUACAUCAGGAUGGUAUCAUGUGGCUACCAUUCAACAGCGAACUAUCCCUUGCAAGGACAGAAAUCAAAGUGCGACCGCAGGAAUUUGGAAAACUUAUGGCAGAACGCCGAGACAUUUUGAAAAUUAACUAAUCAAAUUCAUCAAAGAUUUCUAAGCAAUCUUUAGCAAGGUUUGCUAUAUAUUUUAUUAUGGACAGGUCACAGGUGUAUGGACUUCAAGAUAGCAAGAUUGAACUGAAAUCAUAAUUAACUUUCAAACUAUAUAAAAGUAUACAAUGGUGAUUAAUUACCCUAGAAUUUGCAUUAUAAUUCCUAGCCAACAACUGCUACAUGUAAAUAAUUUACCGAUACAGGUCUUCAGCAUGCAAUAAUACAUACACUCCCAUAAACUUUUUAAGGGUAGUGAACAUCAAAUAAUUUGUAAAUUUAGAUUUUGUAUAUAACAGAUUUAUUAUUAUAAU